AUGCCUUCACAGGCCACCACCACAAGCACCACCAACGCAGGAAUCGUCACGGACGAAAACAGCGGAGAGCGCCACAUUCCCGAAUCCGUCCGCGCCGAUGGAACCACCCGAAAAGCUAUCAAGAUCCGACCCGGCUACCGCCCGCCAGAAGAUGUCGAAGUUUACAAGAACCGGACCGCCGAGGCCUUCCGGGAGCGAGGUCGAAGAAUAGGCAUUCCCGGAGCUGCGGGCAUCGAGGAAGAGCAUCCAGAGCAGACCCCCUCGACAGCCAACAGCAAAAACGCAAAGCGGAGAGAAGCUCGCAAGAAGGCCAGAGCAGGUGCGGACAGCGACGUCGCAACCGAGACCAAAUCAACGACUACGACUGCAGAGAGCCCGAGGACUGAAGAGGUCGAUCCGGAGGUGGAGCGAGAGAAGAAGGCCCGCAACCUUAAGAAGAAGUUGAAACAGGCCAAGGAGCUCAGGAACAAGAAGGAGGGUGGGGAGACGCUUCUGCCGGAGCAGAUCGCUAAAGUGAUCAAGAUUAACGAGCUCAUUCGCGAGCUGGAUGCCCUCGGUGUUGAUGCUGAGGGCGGGCCCAAGUCGAACGAGGGCAACGGGGUCAAGACGACAGAGGAAGGGAAGGAUUGA